AUGCCAAUUGAAGGCAAAGAACCCAAGACUUUAUCGAAAGAGUCCAACGAAUGGACUGCCAUCGCCAUCCACGGUAUGCCCGGGAAUUACGAACACUUCAGCGGUUUGUUUGAGUCUUUCGGUGGCAAAGAGUCUUCAGUUCGUGUGAUUUCGCCAAAUAUGCCUGAGUUUAGUCUCACCCGACAGUCAAUGGCUUUCUGGCACUCAAACAAUGAAAGAUCACAAUUCAUACGAGACUUCUUGAAAGCCAUUAAUGUUUCAAAAAUUGAUUGCCUUAUCAGUCAUUCCGCUGGUAUUCAUCCAAUCGCUAAGAUUUGGUCCAAACCCGAAGAUCUGAAGAUUGGAUCAAUUGGUCUGUUUUGUCCACAGCCUCUAUGGGUCACAAAAUUAUUCUUCCGUUUGAGUCGAAACUUAGCUUAUUUUACGGAAAACAAGAUCGGAAUUAAACUGAUGGACGUCUUGAGACCCGAUCUAAUCGCCCAUCGAUUUGGUUAUCCAAUGAGAUUUGAAUCGGUGGAUGAGGUGUUGAUGUUAUGGCUGUUCUCACGUUUAGAUCCACAUAAACUUCAUAAGAGAUUAGAGUAUUUAAAGAAUCACAAGAUUCCGACUCUUGUGGUGUACGGAGAGAGGGAUAAACUGAUUCAAAAAACCCUAAAAUGGCGACUAAGCGGAGAGUCGUUAGGUUUGACGGUUAGACUCAGACUAGCGAUAGGAAAGGGAAGUCGAGAGAAUGAUCUGCUGGUAAAGAAUCCAAGACUUUAUCGAAAGAGUCCAACGAAUGGACUGCCAGUGAGUGUUGAAUAUGUGGACACUUUUGGUGAUCGAAAGGUUUCAAAGAGUGAUAACGUGAAGACAAUCGUUGCAAUUCAUGGUAAUCCGGGUCAUCACAAACACUAUAGCGGCUUAUAUGAGAGUUUUGGUGGUAAAGAGUCUUCAGUUCGAGUGAUUGUCCCAAAUAUGCCUGACUUUGGUCUCACCCGACAGUCAAUGGCUUUCUGGCACUCAAACGAAGAAAGAUCUCAAUUCAUACGAGACUUCUUAAGAGCCAUUAAUGUCUCAAAAAUUGAUUGUCUGAUCAGUCAUUCGGCGGGAAUUCAACCGAAUUCCCUGUUAUGGUCUGAACCGCGGGAACUGACCAUCAGAUCGUUGGGAAUAUUCUCUCCUCAAUAUCUUUCCGACAGAUUCUUCGAAGUAAACAAAUUGUUGUCUAAUUUUGCGAGAAAUAAGUUUGGGAUCGCAUUCAUGGAUGCAAUCAAACCUCAUAUGAUAAGCAGAGGUCGGGCGCCCAUCACUUUCAACAGUGUCGAUGAAGUGCUAUAUUUUGUUUUAGUCCACUCUUAUGUAGUGAACAAAGAAUUUUACCAUAAAUUAGAUAUUCUUAAGUCAAUGAAAAUCCCAACACUUGUUGUUUACGGAGAGAACGAUAAACUCGUCCCUAAAGAAAAUUUUGAGAAAUUUGUUGAGAGAUUAGGCGCUAAACCGACUGACCGUACGGUAUAUGCGGACAAUACAAUUGAAUCCAAUUCUGAUCACAACAAUUGGAUCAAAGUUGUGACACUUAAAAGUGGCGGUCAUUUCGCUUAUAAUAAAUUUUCACAGAUUGUGUCCAAACAUAUCGACAAUCUUUUACUCACUUCUUGA